AUGGCCGAUUUGGAACAGUUGGAGUUGUUAUCACUCGUCUCGGCCGUGUCGAGGGAAUUGGUCAAUCAUACCGGCUUGGCGGGUACGUUUCCUUCUCACUCUUCUGUUCGGGAACGACUCCACUCCUCGGAUACGACGACUGAACCCUCCCCCCCCUUCCCCUCCCCUCCCUUGAACACGACGAUCCCAAUCCCGUCUAGAUACGACCCUAGCCGAAUUCCUGAUCCACCUUCACACCCAAGCCAAAACCUUCGACGAUUUCAAAACGUCGGUCGUUCAAGUCGGUGCGAGUUUCCCCGAUUCGUUCCUCCAGGCCGUAGAUCGUUUGGUGCUGUCGAUGCAUCCCAAGUACAAGAAGAAGGCUGAGAAGGGGAAGAAGAAGAAAGUCGGUAAGAAGGGUUUGGAGCGGGGGAGGGGGGAUGGGGUCGUCGUGGUGGAUGAGGAGAAGGAACGUCAGAUCAAGUUGUUCCCCGGCUUGGCCGUCAAGGAUGUGGAAUGGAAGUCCGCGGCGCAGAUCGCUCAAGAGGAGGCGGACGAAAAAAGGCAAAAGGCGUUGGAGGCGGCCGGGAGUAAGACCAGCGUGCCUGCACCGGGCCAAGAGGACGUCGAUGAUUUGUUCAAGCAGUUGGAAGGCGUCAAGAAGCGCGUGGCGGCGAGUGGCGACGACGAGGCGUCUUCUUCUUCGACGGGCAGGCACGAGCAGGACUCGGGCGGAUACAAGAGGAGACGAUCGAGGUCACCCGAGGAUAACGAUCAGCACCAGCACAGGAGGAGGGGGAGAUCACCGGACUAUGGACGACGCAGCGGAGGUACCAACGAGAGGGAGAACGCGUGGGGUGAUCGAAGGGGACGACCCUCCGAACCGGCACCUUAUGACUCGCGCACGAUGGGCGCUCCUCCCCGUCGCAACCGCCUCGACGAGAAACCGGUACUGUACAAGAUCUACCCUGGAAAAGUAUCGAACCUCAAGGAUUUUGGCGCCUUCGUCUCAUUGGAAGGUAUCGUCGGUCGCGUCGAAGGGAUGGUCCAUGUCGGGAUGAUGUCGACGCAACGCAUCACCCACCCUUCGGAUCUUCUCUCGCGUGGUCAACCCGUCUUUGUCAAAGUCAUGUCCAUCACCGGUGGACGUUUGUCGCUUUCGAUGAAGGACGCCGACCAAAAGACUGGAGCGGAUCUAACGCCCCAUCUGCGCGUCAAGACGGACGAAGAAUUGGCCGAGGAGAGUCGACGUCACGCCGAACGAGCGGCGUCGGGUUCGAACGGCGUUCCGUUGAGAAGGUCGUUCGCGGAUGAUCAUAAGCAAUCGUCGGCGAGGAGGAUGACCAGUCCUGAACGAUGGGAGAUCAAGCAAUUGAUUGCGUCGGGUGCGGCUUCCGCAGCGGAUUAUCCUGGCUUGGACGAGGAUUACAGGAACGACCCCAAUGCCGCGUUCGGGAACAAUGAUCUGACCAACGAGGCCGAUGAGGAAUUGGAUAUCGAGAUGAACGAGGCCGAAGCUCCCUUUUUGCAAGGGCAGACCAAGAGGGCGCUCGAGUUGUCGCCCGUCAAGAUCGUCAAGGCCCCCGAUGGGGGAUUGAACCGAGCCGCUUUGGCCGGUGCGGCCUUGGCGAAAGAACGACGCGAGUUGAAGGCGCAAGAAGCGGCGGAUGCGGCGGAUUCCGAGACGCGCGAUUUGAAUACGCCUUGGCUCGAUCCCAUGACCGCUCCGCAUGAUCGAACGUUCGCUGCCGAUGCUCGUGGUGCGGCUGCGGGAGCUCAUGCACAGAAUGUGCCGGCUUGGAAAAAGGCGACGUUCAAUCAGGCGACGACGUUCGGUAAGAUCACGUCCAUGACGAUGCAGGAACAGAGGCAGAGUCUGCCCAUCUACAAGUUCCGCGACCAAUUGAUCGAAGCGUUCAGGACCAACCAAGUGCUCGUUGUUGUGGGGGAUACCGGAUCGGGCAAGACGACGCAGAUGACGCAAUACCUCGCCGAGGCGGGGUACGCCGACAAGCUCAAGAUUGGGUGCACGCAACCUCGUCGUGUCGCCGCGAUGUCCGUCGCGAAACGUGUUGCGGAAGAAGUGGGCUGUCGUUUAGGUCAAGAGGUCGGCUACACUAUUCGUUUCGAGGAUUGCACGAGCCCCGAGACCAAAAUCAAGUACAUGACCGAUGGGAUGCUGCAGAGGGAGUGUUUGGUCGAUCCGGACAUGUCGCAGUAUUCGGUGUUGAUGCUCGAUGAGGCACACGAGAGGACGAUCGCGACGGAUGUCUUGUUUGGUUUGCUCAAGAGUGAGUGCGGGAGUGUGAUCUGAUUCUCGGGUAAGUAGCCUGGAUGGCUGACGGGAAACGAUUUGCACUGCCCACCCAGAAUCUCUCAAACGUCGACCUGAUUUGAAGGUUAUCGUCACCUCGGCGACGCUCGAUGCCGAAAAGUUCUCCGAGUACUUUUUCGGUUGCCCCAUCUUCACGAUUCCCGGUCGCACGUACCCGGUCGAGAUCCUCUACACCAAGGAACCCGAAUCGGACUACCUUGACGCCUCGCUCAUCACGGUCAUGCAGAUCCAUCUGUCCGAACCACCGGGGGACAUCCUCUUGUUCUUGACGGGUCAGGAAGAGAUUGAUACCUCUUGCGAGAUUCUCUACGAGCGCAUGAAGGCUUUGGGACCGAACGUACCGGAUUUGAUCAUCUUGCCGAUUUAUUCGGCCUUGCCUUCGGAAAUGCAAUCCCGCAUUUUCGAUCCUGCUCCUCCCGGUUCACGCAAGGUCAUUCUGGCGACCAACAUUGCCGAAACGUCGUUGACGAUCGAUGGGAUCUACUACGUCAUCGACCCAGGGUUCGUGAAACAGAACGCGUACGAUCCUCGGCUCGGGAUGGACUCGCUCAUCGUUACGCCCAUCUCGCAAGCGCAGGCUCGACAACGUUCAGGACGUGCGGGCAGGACGGGACCGGGUAAAUGUUAUCGUCUUUACACCGAAGCGGCGUACCGUAACGAGAUGUUACCGAACCCGAUCCCGGAUAUCCAGAGGCAGAACUUGGCGCAUACGAUCUUGAUGCUCAAAGCGAUGGGGAUCAAUGAUUUGCUCAACUUUGACUUUAUGGACGCGCCACCUCAACAAACCAUGAUCACCGCUUUGGAGAACCUGUAUGCGCUUUCGGCGUUGGACGAGGAAGGGCUCUUGACGCGCUUGGGACGCAAAAUGGCGGAUUUACCGAUCGAACCUCCGUUGGCCAAGAUGUUGAUCGCGUCGGUCGAUUUGGAAUGUUCGGAAGAAAUCCUCACCAUCGUCGCCAUGUUGUCCGUCGGUGGAUCUGUUUUCUACCGCCCCAAGGAGAAACAAGCCCAAGCGGACGCGAAGAAGGCCAAGUUCCAUCAACCGGAAGGGGAUCAUUUGACCUUGUUAACGGUCUACAACGGUUGGGCCGCGAGCAAGUUUUCGAACCCUUGGGCCUCGGAGAAUUACGUCCAGGCGAGGUCGUUGAGGCGCGCGCAGGACGUGAGGAAACAGUUGCUCGGGAUCAUGGAUCGGUACAAGCAUGACAUCCUCUCGUGCGGCAAGAACUACAAUCGCGUACGAAGGGCCAUCACGUCGGGUUAUUUCCGUCAUGCGUGCAAGAAGGAUCCGCAGGAGGGGUACAAGACGUUGGUCGAAGGGACCCCGGUGUUCUUGCAUCCUUCUUCGGCGUUGUUCAAUCGCGCACCGGAGUGGUGCGUUUAUCACGAGUUGAUUUUGACGACGAGGGAGUAUAUGAGGGAGGUGACGGCGAUCGAACCAAAGUGGUUGACUGAGGGUACGUUCAAGUCUGCUCCUUUAAAGUCAACCGAUCGAAACUGACGCUCUGAAUCUUGAUCUCUAGUCGCCCCCUCCUUCUUCAAAGUCGCGGACCAAAACACCAUCUCGAAACGCAAGAAGCAAGAGAGGAUCCAACCCCUGUUCGACAAGUACGCCGUGCACCAGGACGAAUGGAGGCUGUCCAAACUCAAGAGAGCUACGAGGUCGUCGCAGACGUUUGGGUAG